CCACAGUACGGAGAAGUAUUAAUAAUAGUGGACCAAAUACCCAAGCAAACAAGGGUCCUAAUCGCUGCUGUCACAUCGCUUCCCUUUCACUUGUCUCAGGAACCUAUUAUUCACAGCUGCCUGCUCUAGAUGAUACGCUUCAUCCUUUUACAGAACAGAGCGGGGCGUACUCGGCUCUCCAAAUACUAUGUGCCAAUAGAGGAGAAGGAGCGCCGGAAGUUGGAGUAUGAGAUCCACCGGCUUGUAGUUAACCGGGAUCCUAAGCAUACGAACUUCCUGGAGUUCCGCUCCUACAAAAUUGUUUACCGGCGAUAUGCUGGACUCUUCUUCUCGAUGUGCAUUGAUGCAUCGGAUAACGAGCUGACGUGCCUUGAGGCGAUCCACCUGUUCGUGGAGAUCCUUGACCACUAUUUCAGCAACGUCUGCGAGCUGGACCUUGUGUUCAACUUCCACAAGGUGUACCUCAUCCUGGACGAGUUUAUCUGCGGCGGGGAACUCCAGGAGACGGCAAAGAAGGUCAUCCUCGAACGGCUAGCGGAGCUGGAUAAGAUUGACACGUAGCCGUGCAACGCGCGGCAGUGUCGCUGAUGCUUUCAGACCCUGAACGCGGAGUUAAAGCGUCUGUGGCAGAGGGCUGUUCCAUUGGACGCCAGCCGAUGGAGGGAUAGCAGCCUUCCGGGGAGUUCAAAGCAGUGUACAAGUAGCACAGAGAAUGAGGCUGCGCAUGAUGGCAUUCUGCGCAUUUAAGGAAGUGCGGGAUGGGCCGCACCGGCAGCGGUAAACGUUGCGGUACCGGUAGGCGGAAUGUACAGGGUAAGGGUCAGAUGCAGGGCUUGGAAUGGGUCCGCAGGUAUACAUAUAACACAUGCUGGCAUAGGCAGAGGGCGUAACUGGGUUGCCUGGAGAGGUCCUGGAGGGGUUCCAAAUGUAUUGGAUUGGGACCGGGCGGUUAGAAGUGAGAGAGUCAUUGUGUGGUCGUCUAGGAUCGGCAGUUGGUACACAAGAGCGAGGAUGAAUACAGAAGCCUUAAAGGCUUCCAUGCGCGCGCCGUACUGAGUGUUUGGUGAGGCCGAGGGGCCUUGCAUCGUGCUUGGCAUCCUGGCUGUUGCUAAGAGGAAGCCAUAACUGUUGUACCAAUUGCACAUGUUAGCGCUACUCGAUGUUGGAUGCAUGUUUCUUGCUAGCUUCCGACAUCCCAGUGAAGGUUACUAAACAGGGUGCAGGAUUUGACGUGCAACAAACAGUAUGCGGCAGGCCGGCAGCGCAUGCGGCAUGGCAGUGUGUUGCGGCGUUGUAGGCCACAGCAACUGAAGCGUUCGCUUCUUACGGAAGGCAUGCUAGUGUGUUGCCCCCCGCCACACCGUCGUGAUCAGUGGUCGCAUCCCAUGCGGUACGGUUCCCCAACAGUCGGCCCAACUUCGGCUGCAGCUCAUCAACUACCAGGCGCAGAG